UCCGGAUUCGCUUCCGCGUGCCGCGUCUCUCCUCAUUCAGGAUUUGGCAGAGGAAAAGGUCGAAUUUUUCUUCUUCUUUCUCGUGUAUUGUUCUUCCCCAAUUUGUUUCUCGCCUCUUCGUCUCCUCUCGAUCAACGCUCUGCGUUGAUGCGCGGAGAUCUUGGGCUUUUGCUGGCCUGCGGUGGAUGAGCAACCGGGCGAAGCUGCCGGAGCAAUGGACGAAGCGCCGCCUGCGGCGGGGUCCUCGCAGAUCUUCGCAGACAACCUUAAGGGCUUCAUACUCGCCGUCGCCUCCAGCGCUUUCAUCGGCGCCAGCUUCAUCAUCAAGAAAAAGGGCCUCAAGCGCGCCGGCGCAUCCGGCUCCCGUGCUGGCGGAGGCGGGUAUGGAUAUUUGCGGGAACCUCUAUGGUGGAUCGGGAUGGUCACCAUGAUAAUAGGUGAAAUUGCAAAUUUUGUUGCAUACAUCUUUGCCCCAGCUGUCCUUGUUACACCACUGGGUGCGUUGAGCAUCAUUGUGAGUGCCGUUUUGGCCCAUUUCAUUUUGAAAGAGAGAUUGCAGAGGAUGGGUGUCUUGGGUUGCGUGCUCUGCAUUGUGGGUUCGACAGUCAUCGUGCUCCAUGCCCCAGAGGAAAAGACGCCGAGUUCUGUUGAGCAAAUAUGGGAUUUGGCAACCCAGCCUGCCUUUCUAUUGUAUACAGCAUCUGCAGUUGCAGUAUCCCUGGUGCUCAUGUUGCAUUGUGCUCCACGAGUCGGGCAAACAAACAUACUGGUUUACUUGGGUAUUUGCUCUGCCAUUGGAUCUCUGACGGUGAUGAGUAUUAAGGCCAUAGGAAUAGCAAUCAAGCUCACGUUAGAUGGCAUCAACCAAGCUGGUUACUUCCAGACAUGGGUAUUCGCUAUGCUGGCAAUCUCCUGCAUUGUAAUUCAAUUGAAUUACCUGAACAAGGCAUUAGAUACUUUUAACACUGCUGUUGUUUCUCCAGUCUACUAUGCCAUGUUCACAAUCCUCACUAUAUUAGCAAGUGCCAUCAUGUUCAAGGAUUGGUCUGGGCAGAGUGCAAGCAAUAUUGCAUCUGAGAUUUGUGGGCUCAUUACAGUAAUUUCUGGAACCACAGUGUUACAUUCUACAAGAGAUCCGGAUCCUCCUUCCUCAGAUCUAUACACUCCGCUUUCUCCCAAAAUAUUUUGGCACGUCCAAGGAAAUGGUGAACUGGGAAAACUCAAGAAUGACGACCUGCUGUCCGGAGAAUUUGUUGCCGUGGUGCGCCAAGACUAUUUUAUUUAGUCAAGCAAAGCAACAAGACUAUGCCGAACCUCUGAAAAACUAUAAUCUCAUGAUGGAUAUUGGAGAUUGCCUCGAAGUUUUUGAGUAUUACCUUGAAUUGUUGAUGUUCUCAAGUCGAUCUCAUUUCGGGAAAUCAUCCUCAUGAUGCUUCCUCGCUCUGUGUUGAUGUUCUUUAGGAUACAAUUUGAAGCAGCCGUUUAGGUUUUGGCUGUCGAUUUAGUUAUUGAUAUCUAUGGUUAUCAUAGCUUUGGGCUAACCAUGGACAUGAGAAGAAAGAGAGGUGAGUGAUUACAAGGCUUCUUGUGUAAUUUCCUGUACAGUUCAAAUUCGUCAACUUCGUUUCUUAAGGGAGUUUCUUAA